AUGGACAGGUCUCGGAGCAUCAGGGACCUGGAGGGUUUGCUGCUGCAGCAGGUCCCUGUCACAGACCUGCAGCUGGCCCCUGUCACAGACCUGCAGCAGGCCCCUGUCACAGACCUGCAGCUGGCCCCUGUCACAGACCUGCAGCUGGCCCCUGUCACAGACCUGCAGCUGGCCCCUGUCACAGACCUGCAGCUGGCCCCUGUCACAGACCUGCAGCAGGCCCCUGUCACAGACCUGCAGCUGGCCCCUGUCACAGACCUGCAGCUGGCCCCUGUCACAGACCUGCAGCGGGCCCCUGUCACAGACCUGCAGCUGGCCCCUGUCACAGACCUGCAGCUGGCCCCUGUCACAGACCUGCAGCAGGCCCCUGUCACAGACCUGCAGCUGGCCCCUGUCACAGACCUGCAGCUGGCCCCUGUCACAGACCUGCAGCGGGCCCCUGUCACAGACCUGCAGCUGGCCCCUGUCACAGACCUGCAGCUGGCCCCUGUCACAGACCUGCAGCAGGCCCCUGUCACAGACCUGCAGCUGGCCCCUGUCACAGACCUGCAGCAGGCCCCUGUCACAGACCUGCAGCUGGCCCCUGUCACAGACCUGCAGCUGGCCCCUGUCACAGACCUGCAGCUGGCCCCUGUCACAGACCUGCAGCGGGCCCCUGUCACAGACCUGCAGCUGGCCCCUGUCACAGACCUGCAGCUGGCCCCUGUCACAGACCUGCAGCUGGCCCCUGUCACAGACCUGCAGCUGGCCCCUGUCACAGACCUGCAGCAGGCCCCUGUCACAGACAGGGGCCUGCACAAAUGGGUGCAGUCUGACGGUUUUACAGAUCCAGUGGACGAUGGCAAAGUGAGAUCCCGCAGUGAUACCCUCCUCCAGCCGGUGCAGGGCUUUCCCAAUCACUAG